GCGCAUCACGGGGCUGCCAUAACGGUUCGGCUCCGCUCCGGCGCGGCGCCUGCGCCCCACUGGCCUGGGUCGCUGCGCCCCAGAGCCUCCGCAUGUCAUGUCCCGGCUGCGCCUCUGGGCCCCACUGCUCCUCCUCACGUGGCAACCACUGUGGCUGCUGGUCCAGGCAGCUCAGCCUCCGGAGUGGGCCCUGGACCCUGCCCAGCUGACCUCCGACUUCCUAGGGCCCACCGAGCCCUGGUCUUCGCACUCCUCUGCACUCCCGCCCGAAUCGCCCCAGGCUCUUACACCCCCAGCGGAGCCGGGGGGUUUUAAAUACUUGGGGUCCUCUGCUCCAGUCCAGAUGUUGGCCCCGCCUAAGGAAUUGACUGAGACUUUGGUUCCGUUCCCGGACACGGAUUCAGUUGGCGAGCUGCCCCCAGAGGCAGAUCGGGAUCUGAACGACAAGCUAACCCAGCAUGAAAGGCUCCCGGAAGCGGCUCCAAGGCUAGGUUGGGAUCAGAAUCAGACCAUAGCUCUGCCUCUUGGACUCAAAAGUAAGAUUAAAGUUGUAGGUUUGGAUCGGGCUGAAGAUCAGCAAUCAUUUGAAAUACUUGUCCCACCUCUGGAUGUUCAGAGUUCAAAGCCAACACAGUUUAUUGUUUCACCCCCAAACCUGGAGGAAGAUCUUGUUCAGCAUCGAAGGCUUGCCAAAGUCAUUGUUGGAACUCCGAACCAACUUGCAAAUAAAGAGAUCCUAGACCAGCUGCAGGAUGAUGAUUCAGAUUCCAGUAUGGAUAUCCUAUAUCCUGGGGAGAACCUACCAGUGGAUUUCCCGGGGCAACCAGAACAACCUCCAAAUCUCCCUGAGGAGGCUGAAAUUCCCCCACUCCUGCAGGAAACCCCAAAUGAUCUACAGUACCCUGAGGAAGCUGAAUCUAUUAUGCCUCAGGUGGAGGCCCAGGCCCAGCAUCCAGAGCCCCCUGAAAAGACGGAAACCUCUCCAAUUCAGCGGCAGCCUCCAUCUUCGCCUCCGGAGAUCCUUAAGGAAGGUGGAAGUUCCGUAAACCCACAGGAGGCCCCAGCUGAGCCUUCAAGCACAACUGAAGAGGUCGAACCUUCUUCAGUCCAUCAGGAAGCCUCAGCUCAACCUACAGAGGCCCCUGAGGAAGUAGAACCUUCAACCCCUCAGGAGGCCCCAGGUCAACCUCUAGAGAUAUCUAAGGAGGUGGUACCUCAACCGAUAGCACAUGAGGUAGAUGUGCCGUCUCUCAGUCAGAAUGAAGCCCAGCAGCCAAAGCUCCACAACGUGACUGUUAAGCCUGUGGAUCUGGCACUUACCCUAACUGUAACUCAGCCUCCAAAACACACGGAGGAGGCUGAGCCAUCUCCAAUCCAACCAGAGGCUCCUGCUCAGCCAGCAGAGCGCCCUGAAGAGGCUGAGCCCACCCCAGUCCAGCCAGAGAUCCCUGCUCAGCCUGUAGAGCUUCCCGAGGAGGCUGUGCCCACCCCAGUCCAGCAGGAGGCCCCGGUUCAGCCUGCAGAGCGCCCAGAGGAGGCUGGGCCCACCGCAGUCCAGCCAGAAGCCCUGGCUCAGCCUGUAGAGCUCCCCGAGGAGGCUGUGCCCACCGCAGUCCAGCCAGAAGCCCUGGCUCAGCCUGUAGAGCUCCCCGAGGAGGCUGUGCCCACCCCAGUCCAGCCAGAAGCUCUGGCUCAGCCUGUAGAGCGCCCCGAGGAGGCUGGGCCCACCCCAGUCCAGCCAGAAGCUCUGGCUCAGCCUGUAGAGCUCCCCGAGGAGGCUGGGCCCACCCCAGUCCAGCCUCAGAACCCUGCUCAGCCUAUAGAGCUCCCCGAGGAGGCUGGGCCCACUCCAGUCCAGCCAGAGACCCUG